GGGCUUUACUUGGUGUCAGUGAGAGAAAUGAAAAAAAGCUCAAAUGAGUGAGAAGGACUGUGAAAAGAAAACAGAAAACACUUGACAGUGAGCAAGCUGAGCUAGCACCACCUAUGGAGGAAGAGAAAGAACACUGGUAUCUGCCAACAUUCGGUGUGUAUCACCCAAGGAAACCAGAGCAGAUAAGAGUCGUAUUUGAUUCAAGUGCUGAGUGUGAAGGCAUGUCUCUGAAUGAUGUACUCCUCAAGGGCCCAGAUUUAAACAAUACUUUGUUGGGAGUUCUUCUGCGGUUUCGCAAAGAGGCUGUAGCUAUCAGUGCAGAUGUGCAACAAAUGUUUUAUUGUUUCAUUGUCAGAGAGGACCACAGAGACUAUCUUCGUUACCUCUGGUACAAGGACAGUGAUCUCAACACAAAUAUGGUAGAGUACAGGAUGAAAGUGCAUGUGUUUGGAAACACUCCAUCCCCUGCCGUGGCCAUAUAUUGCAUGAGACGUGCUGCAGAGAAGGGUGAAAAAGAAUACGGUUCUGAUGCAAGGCAGUUUGUGGAGAGGCAGUUUUAUAUGGAUGAUGGCCUUACAUCAGUUUCCACACCAGAAAAGGCAAUAGAUCUCCUGGCAAGAACUAUGCAGAUGCUAGCAGCAUCCAAUCUGAGGCUACACAAGGUGGCAUCAAACAGUGGGCAGGUGAUGGAAGCCUUUCCUGUGGAAGAUCGUGCAAAAGACUUGAAGGAUUUGGAGCUUGGUGUGGACCCUCUUCCUCUACAACGUAGCCUAGGACUCUACUGGAACCUGGAAACAGACAGCUUCACAUUUCAGGUAUCCCAGGAGGAGAAGCCAUUUACUCGAAGAGGUGUGCUGUCCACAGUGAACAGCCUGUACGACCCUCUAGGGUUUGUGGCUCCAGUAGUAAUGCAAGGAAAAGCAUUAGUCCGGGAACUCUCACGCGGAAGUACUGACUGGGACACUCCGCUUCCUCCAGACAAGCAAGAUGAGUGGAACACAUGGAAAGACUCUCUGAAGGCCUUGAAAAACCUGUCCAUAAAGAGAUGCUAUAUUCCUGUCUCACUGUCUUCAGCACAGACAAAGGAGCUGUACAUUUUCUCAGAUGCUUCGAUAAUGGCAAUAGGAGCAGUAGCCUACUUGAGAGCAAGAGAUUGUAAUGGGAAAAAUCAUGUUGGAUUCGUCAUGGGAAAGUCCAAGUUAGCCCCAUGCCCAGCUCCUACCAUUCCACGCCUUGAGCUUUGUGCAGCUGUGCUGGCUGUACAGUUGUAUGAACAGAUCAGAGAUGAGCUUGAUAUCCAAAUGGAUACUGUGAGGUUCUUUACUGACAGCAGGAUUGUACUUGGAUAUAUUCACAACUCCAAAAGAAGAUUUUACAUCUAUGUGGCCAACCGGGUUGCUCGCAUCAGACAAUGUACCCAUCCUGAUCAGUGGUGCUACAUCCCUACAAACCAGAAUCCUGCAGACCAUGCAACCAGGCGUACAUCAGCAGAACAACUGCAACAGAGCAGCUGGCUGUCAGGACCCAGUUUUAUAACUUGUGACAGUGCAGAGGGGGUUCCUGAACCCUGUUUUUGCUCUCUUGUGAAUCCUGACACGGAUGCAGAAAUCCGACCUGAAGUCACAACCAUGAUCACCAGAACCAUUGGGGCCCAAUUAGGGUCACGACGCUUUGAGCGAUUCUCAAACUGGAGAAAACUCUGUGGUGUUACAGCCAAACUGAUUCACGUCGCAGCGUCCUUUAAAGAAAAUCAGCAAGGAACAAAAGACAAAGGCUGGAAAUGUUUCAGAGAUAGGCCAACCCUGAUGGAGCUCUCACAAGCCAAGAUAGUGAUUAUACGUGCGGUGCAACAAGAUGUCUUUAAAGAAGACUUAAAGUGUAUCAAGGAGGGAAAGCCAUGUAACAAGCAAAGCCAGCUCAGAAAGCUAAAUCCUGUGACAGAUGAUAAUGGUUUACUUCGGGUUGGAGGUCGCAUAUCGUGUACAGACCUCUCAACAGAAGAAAAACAUCCUCUGAUCAUUCCACACACUCAUCACAUUGCCACACUGCUUGUGAGAUUCUAUCAUGAGCAAGUAUCUCACCAAGGACGCCAUAUAACAGAGGGAGCAAUCAGAGUGGCUGGAUACUGGAUUAUUGGUGGGAAACGGCUCGUGUCCUCUAUUAUACACAAGUGUGUUAUUUGUCGCAAGUUGCGUGGGAAAUUUCAAGAACAGAGGAUGGCAGAUUUGCCAGUUGACAGACUCACACCCGAGCCGCCAUUUACAAAUGUAGGCCUUGAUGUGUUUGGACCCUGGACCGUCAUUACACGUCGUACAAGAGGAGGGAGUGCGGACAGCAAGCGCUGGGCAGUACUCUUCACCUGUAUGGCAACCAGAGCUGUACACAUUGAGCUGAUUGAGUCCAUGUCAACUGACAGCUUCAUUAAUGCACUGAGAAGGUUUUUUGCUAUCCGAGGCCCAUGCAAACUCCUUCGUUCUGACAGGGGAACAAACUUUGUGGGUGCCUGUAAGGAAUUGAGCAUCAGCACACAAGAUUCAGCAGUAAAAACCUACCUCCAAAACAAGGGAUGCACAUGGGUAUUUAACCCACCACAUUCAUCACAUAUGGGGGGUUCAUGGGAAAGGCUCAUAGGUGUCGCUAGGCGCAUUUUGGAUGCAAUGCUGCUUCAGACAGGCCAGACGCGCCUCACACAUGAGGUCUUGAGCACCCUCAUGGCUGAAGUCAUGGCAAUCAUGAAUUCAAGACCCCUGGUUCCUGUGUCUACUGACCCAGACAUGCCUACAGUCCUCACCCCAGCAAUGCUUCUGACACAAAAGACAAAUCCUGUUGCAGCCCCCUCUGGAAAGUUCCAAAUGGCUGACCUGCAUGGUAAGCAGUGGAAGCAGGUCCAGUGUCUCGCAGACACUUUUUGGAAAAGAUGGAAAGGGCAAUAUUUGUCCACUCUACAAAGUCGUAGAAAAUGGAUUCAAGGAAAGCCAAAUAUCAAAGUGGGAGAUGUCGUCUUACUCAAAGACACCCAAGCUCACAGAAAUGAAUGGCCAGUAGGGGUGGUUGUUAAAACCCUGCCAAGCAAGGACCAGGCUAUUCGCAAAGUGGAGGUGAAGAUUGUGAAGGAAGGAACUGUCAAGGUUUUCCUGAGACCAGUUUCAGAACUUGUAGUCCUAAUUUCUGAGGAAAAUUGAACAAAAACAGAAGAGAUUUCAGUUUCCUAAUUAGAGACAUUUCUUUAGUUUGAUAGUGGCAUGAUAACAUCAUGCCAAGCGGGGAGUGUGCUGUUUUCUAUAAAAAACAUUGUAAUUUAAGCAGUGGUAAUGUGACCACAUUUGUACAAUGCUGCCACCUAGUGGACCUUUUAUUUUAUUUUUAAUGGAAUAGAUUUGUAGCUAAUCAGUGAAAGCAGUUGGCUACAGGGAAAGCAGCGAAGCACAUGGUGCAAAAGAGUGCCCUUUCAUACGCUUGUGCCUUGGACACAUUUGUCUGUAAGUAGUUCAUGCAUUAGUUCUGACUAUGUUUUCUAAUAUUUGUUAGUCUUCUGAUGUUUUAUUUUGGAUAAUUUUAUAGUUGCUAUUCUUGUUAAGCUAGCCUGUUAAGUUGGGGAAUGUUCUACAUGUAUAGUUAGCUGCUUAGUAAUGUGUCAUGAGGAGUCCAUUACAGUGUGUGUAUAUUAAUAUAUGAUUAUGUUUCUGUAUUUUUUCAGUUUUACACUGGCGACACUUCUUAAUUAAACUGUGCAAAGCCAAGCAAGGACUUGUGAGUUUAUUGGAGUAUCAAAGUGUUAACUAGCUGUCUAGCUCUGCCAGAAACGCACUGCGAGGGCAGCAUAAGGACGAUGAAGGAAACAUCUGUGCUGUGUCUGCUCUCUCUGAUCUCACUGCUGAGCUGCACAACAAACCAAGCUGGUUCUUCCUGUACCAUCAGCUACACUGACCCUCAUGACAGUGGAGUUUACUGGUGUGAGUCCAGAGAGGGUGCCAUCAGUAACAUGGUUAAUCUCACAGUCUCUGGUGGAUCAGUGAUCCUGCAGAGUCCUGUCCUCCCUGUGAUGGAGGGAGAUGACGUCACUC